UCGUUUAAAUUCAAACCUGUGCAGGAAGUUCUCCCGCGUCCAAUCAGACCUGCCUCUGGAACUCGCUUUCAUCUCGGUUUAACCAGAGGACAAUAAGGUCGCCCUCACUGUAUUCAGACAAUACAGACUUCGCUAUUCUCAUGCAAGACCGCCUGAAGAGAGCGCGCAUUGAUCAGCGAUUGGGUUUUGUCCACGAGAGAACCGUUAGUUAAGUCUUACAAUUUUAAUUGUCAGAGCGCGCGGUUGCGUGACAGAGAAGGGUAAAGUUGCAGUUGCCUAAAUGUAAAGUUGCUCAGAGCGUGUCGGCGGCUGGCCGUAAACACCGCAGUACCACUCAGCUCCACACGAGGCGGAGAAGCCUGUGGGAAAAUCAACGCGCGAGUACUGUGGGAGAGCGCUUCCGUGGCGAGCGUGCGUACCGGGGAGGAACGAACUGAUGAUGACAGAGGUCUCGCGCAGCUCCAGUUGAAGAAGUCAAGAGAAGCACGGACAGAGAGCACCGCACGGACUUUGGAUCGGUACCGUUUCUCUGGCAUGUGGUUCCAAGGCAUCUCAGAAUAAGCAAAAUAACUCGCACUGUCAGUUUGGCUUUGCUAUAUUUAUACAUCAUCCGGAAAGUGAAAACAGAACUCCUCGUCUCAGUAUGAACGUUUUUUACUGAUGCUAAAGGCUUGUUUUUUUUAUAUAGGCGUAGACUCACAAAUAUUACAGAUCAGUUUUUUGUUUCCACACUUCUGAAAUGGAAUCCCCGCACUGUCGACCCGAGCCCAGAAGUAUGGACCAGUGCCUACGGCGGCUGAAACAGGAGCUGCUGUCGAUGCGUGAGGCUGGAGACGGCCUCCAUGCUCAGAUGAACUCAAUGAUGGGCGCGCUACAGGAACUCAAACUCCUGCAGGUUCAGACGGCUCUGGAGCGCCUGGACAUCUCAGCCAAGCCUCCCGCUCACACACACACACACUCACACACACACACACACCUCACCCAGCCUCUCUUCGUCGAGCCUCCGUUCCCAGACCCCCCCUCUCCCCGGGAGCUGGUCACCGACCUCCUCUCCGACUCCUCCGCGGAGGAGGCCAGCCCUCCACCUCCCCCCCGCCCCCGAAAGAACCGCACCUCCCACAGGGGCAGCCUCAGCACCUCCCCUUCCUCCUCCUCCUCCUCCUCCUCCUCCUCACCCUCCUCUUCCUCAGGGUCAGGGGACAGCAGCCUGCACCUCUCACGGAUGUCUUCCCGCCAGAGCGCCACCUCCUCUGAGGAGGACUCCUGCUCAGCCUCUGCUUCUACUUCUAGUUCCGGUUCUGGAUCUGGAUCUGGAUCUGGAUCUGGUUCUAGUUCUGGUUCCAGCUGGCCCUCGCGGCCCCCGGCGGGCCCCCCUCCCCCUCCCUCGCUGCCGGAGUUACAGGACCUGCUGCUGUGCCUGUCCCGACAGGGCCCCCCCUUGCGCCACGACCUUUGCCCUCUCGGAGAUGAUGACGAGGACGGCAGCGACUGGACGUCAUCGCUGAUGGGCUGCAGCCGCACGCGCCAGCCUCUGGUGCUAGGCGACAGUUUCCUGGCCGACCUGGUGGGCAACUGGCUGGACCUGCCCGAGGUGGGCGGGGAAGGAGGGGUCGGGGCGGGGUGCCGCGGGGGAGGACACGCCCCCCGCCCGUCUCGCUCUCAGGAGCUGCGGCGGCGUCUGGCCCUCACCACCAGCGUCUUCAAGAAGGUUCUACGCAGCGUCCGGCCCGACCGAGAGAAGCUGCUGAAGGAGCGACCCGGCUGGCCCGACCCCACGGAACUGCAGAACCUGGACCAGCUCCACAAGAGAACCAAGAAGAACGCGGUCGCCAAGCCCAAGGGCAGCAGCUUCUACCGGCCCUUCUGGAGCCGCAAGGGGAAGGCGAGCGUGGUUCUGCCCAGCGACAGGCUGCCUCCCCUGGGCAUCGGCCCGCAGAGGGCUGCCUGGGGACCCGCAGAGAGAGGACCAGAGAGAGGACACCCCAUGUUUGACCACAACGCUGCCAUCUGGGUUUGAGUGCCCACACUGGGCACAGAGCUGCCAGAGCAGGGGCCACAGCGGCUCAGACUGGCACAGAGAGAGACUGGCAUACACAGACUGGCAUUAAAGACUGGCAUAUAGAGGCUGGCACACAGACUAGCACAGAUAAUGGUACAGACAGACUGGCACAGAGAGACUGGCAUACACACUGGCAUAUACAGACUGGCACAGAGAGACUGGCACAGAGAAACUGGCACAGAGAGACUGGCACAGAGAGGCUGGCACAGAUAGACUGGCAUAUACACACUGGCAUACAGACUGGCAUAUACACACUGGCAUACACACUGGCAUAUACACACUGGCACAGAGAGACUGGCACAGAGAGACUGGCAUAUACACACUGGCACAGAGAGACUGGCAUACACACUGGCAUAUACACACUGGCAUACAGACUGACACAAAGAGACUGACAUGUACAGACUGACAUGUACAGACUGGCAUAUACACACUGGCACAGAGAGACUGACAUGUACAGACUGGCACAGAGACACUGGCACAGAGAGGCUGGCACAAAGAGACUGGCAUACAGACUAUGGUGUGUAUUUGCGAUGAAAAGGGUGCUUGUGCAGAAGCAGCCAGCGUCCCUGCUGAUCAAUAGACUGUUCAUCUGUGUGUGAAUAUCUGAGAUUCCAAAGAGUUGAACACAAUAAGAAAGCUGAGAAGACAAAGAUGUGUGUGAGUGAAGAGUGCGAGUGUGUGUGUGUGUUUUUAUGUGAAUAACGGUACAUUCCUAAGGCGCCUGAUGGGUCAUCUCCAGCAUCAGUGAUGCCUCACAGAGACCUUUGGACAGAAACCACCACCACACACUGUGACAUGCACUCCAGAAACACACACACACACACACACACACACACACACACACACACACACACUCAGACAAAAAGACAACCACACAAUCUUGAUAUGCACUCUGGAAGAACACACAGACAUGAACUCA